GAAAGGAAAUGCUAGGCAAUAUGUAUUCUAUUCGUAUGUACAGUGUCAUUUACGACAGUUUGUAUGUACGUUACCGCUGCUAUUGAAAAAAUAUACUAAGCUAAAUCACUACGAUUGAUUCAUAGAUAUGCCUGACUACGAUUCGACUUCCGACGAUCAACUGACCAAGGCAAGGGGGAUGUGUGUAGAAGGAGAUCAUCACGUCAAGAAAGCUGUAGAGAUAUUAGAAAGGUGUGAGAACCGGGUGAAUUCAAAGGCCUAUACAGCUGAGACCUGCCACCAGGAGACGAUAGAUUUUAUGGAGGCGCUAGACCAUUGUGUUGGCGAUAGAGCCUUCAAACGACUUGUAUAACUUUAAUAAAUAUUAUAUA